AUGACUAUAGUUUUGACUACACCUAGGGAAAUCACCAUAAUAGGAAUUCGAGCUUCCGGAACAGAAGUUAAAGCAAUGAAAGGUGUCGUCGGCACCGAGAUGAACAAGCUAACACAUAGCACUUCUGAUGCUGAAGUCAUUGAUGAAGUAUCUGCCUUGACUCCAUUGCUUUGCAUUUCUGUCCUACUAAAUGGCAUUCAACCUAUACUGUCAGGGGUUGCAAUUGGAAGUGGAUGGCAAGCUUUAGUGGCUUAUGUAAACUUGGCAUGUUACUAUGUUAUUGGUCUUACUGUUGGAUGUGUUCUUGGUUUUAAAACUUCUUUAGGAGUAGCUGGCAUCUGGUGGGGAAUGAUCCUUGGAGUUUUUAUACAGACUGUUACACUGAUCAUUCUGACUGCAAGAACAGAUUGGACUGCAGAGGUAAUCAAGACUUAAGAUUUUUCUAUUUCAUGUUCUGAAUUAAUGUUUGUUGCGUGGGAAGGUGUGAAUGGAUCUAUGAUGUUGUUUGUAGGUUGAAAAGGUUGUUGUUCGU